AUGACGAGACGAGUGGGACCGGAUCAAGAGGACAACAUGGCGGCAAGCAGACGACAACAACAACACAGCAGUGGCCGAGGCGGCGGCGGCAGUCUCAGGCGGGCUCCUGCCGUUCUUCAGGAACGAUUUACUCACACACUCAGACGGAGAACACAUUCCCAAAGUCCAGACUCCAGCGUCGUCAAUCCUUUUGUGAAGUAUUUUCUUUUUGGCAUUAAUUUUCUGUUUGAGCUCAUCGGAAUAGCAUUUGCAGCAACAGGCAUUUACAUCUUGUCACAGAAGAAUAAGGCAGUGACCAGCUUCAUUGAUUUUGUCUUUGAUCCAGGCUGUGAUUUAUGCCUAGCUGGAUUUAUCAUUUUGGUCAUUGCUUUCUUUGGCUGUGUAGGGGCAUUGCGAGAGUCAACACUGUUCCUGAAGAUUUAUCACCUUCUACUCAGCAUCUUCCUCAUCCUGGAGGUUAUAGUAGUCAUCUUUGUUUUUGUAUUUUACUUUGUGGAUGGGGCUUUUGCUAACAUUGGCCUAUACCCAGAAGAUGCCUUUAAGGAUGCCAUCCACAAGUAUCGGGAUGAUCCAGACACCCAGGGAUUCAUUGACAACAUCCAGGAAACACUAUCUUGUUGUGGUACUAGUAAUGACAAUGAUGGCUACUUAGACUGGAACAGAAACCCAUACUUUAACUGUUCAGAUGGCAAUGAAAGCCCAGAGGCCUGUAGUGUCCCAUUUUCAUGCUGUAAAAUAUCAAAGGGAAGCCCAAAAAACUACCGAUGUGGAACCGGGGUUCUUAGGAAAUCAGAAUCUGCUAAUCUG